CACGUUUCUUCACAACGUCCCGGUCUCACGUCGGGUCAGCGCGUCCGAGCGCACAGUACCUCUCUCAAUCGUGCGAAUACUCAUUGUACCGCGCUGGAACGUCGGCUGACAUCGUUUACCUUUCACAUCAUACACUUCUGGUAUUUCUUCAAUUAUGUACAUGUCUUUGUACUUAUAUAUUGAACUGAAGAAGCCUCCCACCUUGGAAAGUCCGCCAUGCAGAAACGAGGCAACCCACUUUUGAAACAGCAUGGGAGGCAACAAUGGACGUAGCGUAGGAGCUCGAUCGCGCUGCGCCUUGCUAUGCAGCCAUGCGGGUGUCCGAGGCGCUGCGAGCUUGCGCUGGAGAGCUCGACGAGAAGCAAAUGCGCGAGAGAAUCUAGCAGGGAGGAGCAGGCAGGAACGUAGCAGUACUGGUCACACCGGAUUUAGGGAACGAGUCAAGAAUUGCAUAAUCAGACAUGGCCGGAGCAAAGAGCUUCGUUUCGCGAAAUUUUUGUUCUCGAAAUCUGACGCUGAGUGGAUCGAGUCGGCCUCACAAACCGCUCGCUGCUUUGCAGCAGCAUAUGCAGACCCGUACCAUCGUUCAGCGAGUCCGUACCGUCGUCUCUCUUGCGAAUAAUGAAGAAUCAGUUGCUGCCAGCAUGAUCCGAACGUCACUGGUCCAGAAUCCGGGUACCCCGUCUGUCGCUGCUGUUGCUGCUGCUUCGCCAUCCCCCAAGUCGUGUAUCCCGUUCUCGCGAAAUAACCUGGGCGUGUGGGGUCGCGCCGGUAAGAACACAGGGGGAUUAAGUACAGCCAGAGGAGCAGGAAUAAAGAGGAGAGGAGUAGUUUCGGCCGGUCGAGUGCUUUCCUCCAUGGCGCAAGGGCAGCAAGUUGCCGGUACUGCUGACGAUCGGGUCAGCCUUGAUGGCCGCGACGGCGACGGUGACGCGUCGUCUCGUAUCCAGCUCUACUCGUUUGCGACUCCCAACGGCAUGAAGGUGAGCAUCGCGCUAGAGGAGAUGGAGAUACCGUACGAUGCGCACACCGUGAACAUCAUGACGGGCGAGCAGUUCAAGCCAGAGUUCAUCGCCAUCAGCCCCAACAACAAGAUCCCCGCCAUCGUGGAUCCCACGGGAGGGCCAGACAGCACCCCUCUGAGGGUUUUUGAGAGCGGAGCCAUUCUGCUGUAUCUGGCGGAGAAGUCGGGCAAGUUCCUUCCGCAGGAUGCGGUGCAGCGGUGGGAAACCGUGUCAUGGCUCUUCUUCCAAGUAGGGGGCGUGGGGCCGAUGUUUGGCCAGUUUGGCAUGUUCUACAAGUUUGCGCGUGACCAGUGCGACCACCCGUACCCCCUGCAGCGCUACACGGAGGAGACGCGGCGCCUGCUGGGGGUGCUGGAGAAGCGGCUGGAGGGGAGGGAGUUCCUCAUUGAUGCUGGCUACACCAUUGCUGACAUGGCCACCUUCCCCUGGGUCAACUCGCUGCAGGUGUUCUAUAAGGCGGAUGACCAGUUGCACUUGUCGUCAUAUCCUCGUGUGCUCGAGUGGAAGGACCGUUGCAUGGCUCGCCCUCUAACGGCCAAGGGCGUGCACGCAUGCUCGCUGUAACUUGACUUGGUUUGCACAUACCAUUUGUACAUAACGAAGUGGACCCAUGGUAUUUGAAGUGUCAUGGGAAGUAAACAUGCAAGUUGUAAGGAAUUUCAUUUGCUUGGAGGGGCUGUAAUCUAUGCAAAUGGAGGGUCA